GCCACGCAGUUGAUUCAACUCAAACCUGACCUGCUUCAGGCCGGAGCGAGAAAGCCGGCCGAAAUAGCUCUUUGUAGGGACCUUCGCGGGGAUUGCUUGCUCAGAGGGGCCAGCCGGCCCGCGCGGACCCCGCAGCCCUCAGCUGCUAGGGCCGCGCUCAAUCGGAUAGCUUAGUCCGAGUAGCUAGCUAGCUAGCGAGCUUUCAGGAGCUGGCUUGACGGAGAGGCGACAGACGCCUCGCGACCUCUCGUUCCAGCGGGGCUAGCACGUAGUGCACACAGCUGCCAUGGAGGCCGACGCAAACGGAGUCGACGGCUCAGCCCUGCCACAGGACGGCGGCCAGCUGACCGCCGAGCAGUUGGCGAUGUACCAGCAGCAGCUGCAGCUGCAGGAGCAGAUGGCGGCGGCGGCGGCGCAGAUACAGCAACAGCAGCAGCAGGAGGUGCAGGACCCUAUGCAAGUGCAAAUGGACGCGGCACAACAGCAGGUGCAGCAACAGGCGUACGAGCAACAGGUGGCGGCCGCGGCAGCAGCGCCCGGCGGGGAACACCACCCCCAGCAGGCAGCGGCUGCGCCGCCAGCCGCCUCCCCCGCCGCCGCCGACCCUACCGCCGCCGCCGCUGCCGGCGCCGCGUCGCCGGCGGCAGCCGGCGCCGACGCCGAUGACGACGCCUCGGCUCGUGCUGCGGUGGCGGCGGCUCACCAGUUCCUGGCGACUGGCGGCGUGCCUGCUGUGGGUCCCGCGGCGGCGGCGCUGCGGUCGCUGCCGGUGUUCUUCGACCCGCUGGAGCUGCUGGGGCCGGACCCGGGGUCGCUGGCGGGGCAGGCGGCGGCCACGGCGGCCAUGCACCAUGCGGACGUGCUGCAGAAGACCAUCCGCUCCCUGCGCGACAUGCAGCUGGCCGCCAACCUGGCGGCGCUGGCGCACAUGCCGCCGCAGGCGCUGCAGGACCUGCUGGGGCAGCAGGCAGUCAACGUGCGCGACGUCCUGUCCAAGCUGGCCCGGCACGUGGACGCGGACAAGGCCCGCGCCAUCUUCGGCCCCGCCUACUUCUACGAGCCGCGGGCCGCCUACAACGCCCUGCUGCGCGGCGCGGCGGAGGCGGCGGUGCGCGAGCACCAGGCGCGGCUGAAGCAGUCGGCUGAGAAUCCCGGAGCUGUUGACGCGGCCGCCCAGCCGCCGGCGAUCGACCCCGCGGCGCAGGCGGCGGCGACGGCGGCGCUGCUGAUGCAGCAGCAGCUCAAAGCCAUGGGCUACAACCUGCAGGACCCGGCGGCAGUAGCAGCCGUGGCGGCGGCGGCGCGCGCGGCGGCGCAGGCCGCCGCCGCCAGCACCAGCGCUGCCGGCGCCGGCGCCUCGCCCAACGCGGCGGCGCAGGCGGCGGCCUUUCUGGCGCAGCAGCAGGCGGCGGCGGCGGCGGCGGAGGCCUCGCCGCCGCCGCCCCCGACGUCGGGGCGCGGCCGGGGCCGGGGCCGCGGCCGCGGCCGCGGAGCGGCCGCCGCGGCGGCGGCGGCGCAAGCCGCCGCCGCCGCUGCCGCCGCCGCUGCCUCGGCGCCGGCGGCUCAUCCCCAUCAGCACCAGCACUACCAGGCUCCGGCGCCGGUGUGGGGCGACGGGGGUCCUGGCGGUGGUUACACGACCGGCACGGGCCGGGGGCGGGGCCGCGGGCGGCGGCCGGCGGCGGCCAUCCUGUUGGACCAGGCCACCAGUGCGCACAUGGAGAUGGGGCACCAGAUCCCUGCCGCCGCGCCCGACCCGCGCUUUGAGACCAUGCCCAGCCGCCGCGCCGAGCCCUUUGUGCGCAACACCACAAGCUGCGGCCGCUGCGGCAAGGCCUUCCAGACCGGCGGCGAGGAGGGCGGCGGCGGUGGGGAGCUGUCUCCGCUGUGCCUGUGUGACUUCUGCCCGCGCGCCUACCACAUGAGCUGCCUCGACGUGGACUACGAGGAGCUGCGCCUCAUGGACUGGGCCUGUCCCCGCUGCACCGAGCGCAUCGAGGGCGCAGGACACUCCCAGCUCCUGCUCUCCGGCACCGCCGCCGCCGCCGCCGCCCUGCCCGGCGGCCCCUACCAGCAAGCCCUGGCGGCGGCGCUGGCGGCCGGCGGCCCCGCCGCAGAGGCCCUGGGCGCGAUGCUGAAUGGCGGCGCCGCCGGCGCGGCGGCGGCGGCGGCGCUGCGGCGCGGCACUCGGUGGUGUGAGGACGGCGGCGGCGCACGGGCGGCGUAUCUGGCGGCGCGCGCGGCGGCGCGGGCGGUGGAGCGGGAGGAGAGGGACCGCAUGCGGGCGGAGGCGCGCGGGGAGCGGGAGCGCGAGCGCAUGCGUUGGCGCACCCGCCACACGGACGACAUCGAGGUGCUGCAGGAGGAGCUGGAGGAGGUGUCCCGUCUGGAGGCGGUCAUCGGCGACCUCACUGACAAGGCCGCGGCGGAGGCGGCCGCCGCCAUCGGCGGCGCCGGAGGCUGCGCCGGCUCCGAAGGCGCCCCCGGCGGCGGCCUGCAGCCGUCGGCCUCGGCGGGCGCGCUGUCGCUGGCGCCGUCGGGCUCGUUGGGCGGCGCCGCCUCGGUUGGUGCUGGCGGCGGUGCGGGUGCUGGCGGCGGUGCGGGCCGCCGCAUCAAGGGCGCCACGGAGCAGCUGUCGGAGGCGGUGGAGCGGCGGCGGCGGCUGCAGCUCGCCAUUCGGGGGCCGCCCACCUGCUCGCUGAUGCUGUCGGGCGAGGAGCGUGUGGCCUCCUUCCUGGACGCCCUCACAGUGUCCGAGUUCAUCUCCAUAUUCGGCAUCAAGCUCACCAACAUGCCGCCGCCGCUGGCAGGACUGCCGCCGCCGCCGCCUGGCGCCGCGCCCACCGCCGCCGCGGCGGCGCUGGCGGCGGCUGUGGCGGCUGUGGCGGGGCUGCCCACGGGCGGCGCGGCGGCGCCCAGCCCGCUGCGUGUGCUGCAGCACGCGGUGUGCUGGCCGUCGGACAGCCCCGUGCUGGAAGAGCUGUAUGUGGGGCUGCUGAGGUACCUCAUCGCGCAGUGGACCCGCACCGGCGGCCCCGCGCUGUCCGGCCGCUUCAAGCGCUGGCAGCGGCUGCUGGCCGCACCCGGCUGCUGGCCCGAGGUGCUGCGACGAUACCUGCAGCUCAGCAGGUCGCACGUGACCUUCACGCCCGCCGAGCUGACCGACUGCCGCUACGCGCUGCUGUCCGACGACGUGAUGGCGGCGCACGCGCUGGUGGUGCUGGGCCGCGCCCCCUACUUCCUGCAGCCGCCCGCCUUCCACCUGCGACUGCUGGCGGCGCUGUGCAACGACUGCGCCGGCUGCGACGGAGCGCGCACCGACAUCGGCAACCGACUGGAGACGCUGGACCGGCUGGUGACCCAGAAGGCGCACCAGGACGCCGAAAUCAAGAAGCGCGAGUGGGCGGCGGCGGCGGCGCGCCGCGCUGCCGAGCGCUACCGCCGCCAGCAGCUGAUGGCGGAGCGCGCGGCGGCGGCGGGCCGACUGGCGGCGUACGGCCCCGGCGGCGCCGCCGGCGACUUGGACAGCGAUGAUGGCGGCGCGGCGCCGACGGGCCGCGGCCGCGGGCGGGGCCGUGGCAGGGGCCGCGGGCGCGGUCGCGGCCGCGGGCGGGCGUCGGCGGCUUACGUCGCGGCGCUGGCGGAGGCGGAGUGGCUGGCGGCGGAGGAGGCGGCGGCAGCGGCGGCGGCAGCCGUGGACGAGGCGGCGGCGCCGCCAGUGGCGGAAGGCGGCGAGGACGCUGCGGGUGACGCGGCGGCGGCGGACGGCGCCGGCGCGGACGGCGGCGCAGAUGGCGGCGCGCCGGCGGCGGGCGGCGCCGCCGCGGCAGGGGCGGCGCCGUCGGGUCUGGUGCCGCCUGUGCCGCUGGGGCCUGUGGGUGGUGACUCGGGCGAGGAGGGCGAGAGCGAGCCAGAGGCCGAGUCGGAGACGGAGGACCUGUACUUGUCGUGCCGGCGCAAGCGCGGCCGCAGCGAGGCCGAGGCCCGCGCCCGCGAGGACGAGUGGGCGGCCCGCGACAACAAGGCCGACGACGAACUGCGCAAGGCGGCGGUGCGCCUGGAGCCGCUGGGCAGCGACAGAUACCACCGGCGCUACUGGAUGGUGGGCGGCGCCGGCCCGCUGCUGUUCAUCGAGGACAGCUGCGAGCCCAGGCACGGCCUGGGCCUGCCGCCGCCGCAGCACAACUACCUGCCUGCCCUGCACGCCGCCACCGCGGCGCCGCAGCAGGCGCAGCUGGCGGCGGCGGCGGCGGACACCACGCUGGCGGCGGCGAGCAAGGCGGCGGUGGCGGCGGCGCACCAGCAGGCUCACGCCAUCGCCGUCGCGGCGGCGGAGGCGGCGGCCGCCAAGGCCGCCGCGGCGGAGGAGGAGGCCAUCGCCAAGGCCUUUGCUGCGGAGGCGGAGGCGCUGGCGGCGGAGGUCGGCGACGGCAGCGACCAGGCAGCAGUGACGGCCGCCAACGAGGCCGCCGCGGCCGCGGCGGCGGCGGCAGCCUCCGCGGCGGAGGCGCAGGCGCUGGCGGAGGCGGCCGCCGCCGCAGCCAAGGAGAUCCCGCCCAUCGACGUUGCGGCGGCCGCCGCCGCCGCCGGCCACCCGCCGCCAGUGCACCCCGACGCGCCGGCGCACGUGCCCUCCAUCGCGGUGGUCACAUGCCGCGAGGAGCUGGACUCCAUAAUGGAGGGACUCAACCGCCGCGGCCCGCGCGAGCGGGAGCUGUACGCCGUACUGCGCCGCAAGUACGCCCAGCUAGUCACCGCGCUGCAGCCGCCGCCGCCGCCGCCUCCCCCGCCGCCGCCGCCUCCGGCGGCGCCGGUGGCGCCUGCGGCGGCUGGCGCCGCCGCCUUUGCCGCUGCCGCGGCGGCCGCGGCUACGGCCGUCAAGGCGACGCCGGCGACGCCGUCUACCGAGACAAUGACGGAGGACGGGCCUGCGGCGCCCAAGGCGGAGGGCGCGGAUGCCAUGGAGGUCGACUCCAAAGCCGUCGGUGUUAAAAAGGAGGCGGAGGCGCAGGAGCCCGUGGGCGCGGUGAAGGCCGAGCCUGACGCCGCCGCUGCCGCCGCCACUGGUGUCAAGGCUGAGCCCGAGGCUGACGGCGCCGCCGCUGCCGCUGAUGACGCCCUGGCCACGCCUGACGGUGACGCCCGCGCCGCCAAGCGCCUGAAGCGCACGCCCGCCACCAAGCCCGACCCAGACGGCGCCGCCGCAGGUGCCGCCGCCACGUCACCCACAACGGCGGCGGCGGAGCCGCAGCCGCAGCAGGAGGAGGAGCCGGAGCAGCUGCCGCCGAUGGUGACCGCUAUUGCCGAGCUCAUGGGGGAGGGCUGCACGCCGCGCGACAGCUUCUGGCUGCGACGCGGCCGCCGCUUCUUCCACCUGCCCGAGGGCGCCACCGCAGCCGACCUAGCGCCGCUGCCGCAGGCCCGGGCCGCCAAGGUCCUCUCGGUGCUGAGCAAGGCGGUUGGCGAGCUAACCAACAUGCUGACAGGGCUCGCCAUCGCCGGGUUCGAGCUGCCGCGCCCGCCGCCGGCGGCGCCGCCGGCGCCGGUGGCGGCGGCGCUGAACGCCGCCGCCGCUGCCGCGGCCGGCGUCAAGGUGGAGGCGCAGGCGGAGGCCGAGUUGAAGCAGGAGGGGGCGGCGGCGGCGGCGGCGGGGGCGGCGUUUAUGGGCGCGGGCGGCAUUGAGGCGUGGCGCGAGCGGCUGGUGAAGAUCAGCGAGGCGGGCGACGCGUCGGCGCUCCUCUCGGAGCUGGAGCGACUGGAGGCGGUGCUGUGCCGCCUGGGCGAGGGCCUGCCGCGACUGGCCGACUGCGCCCUCAUCGCGCCGCUGGUGGCGGAGGCGGACACCUGGGAGGCCGAGUGGCUGCUCAGUGCGCGCGACCCCACCUGGCCCGAGCUGUACGAGGCCAACGUGCUGGAAUUCAAAACGGCACUGGGAGACGGACCGGGCGGAAUCGGGUACGUGUCCGGCGGCGCCGCCGCCAAGGCGGCGGCGGCGGCGUCCGCCGCCGCCGCGGCUGCCAAGGCGGAGCGGGAGGGCGACGACGGCGACGACGACGGUGCCGGUGGCGAGGGCGGGGAGGUGGUGGUGAAGAAGCGCGGGCGCGGGCGGCCCAAGACGCAGGCGGCCAUUGACGCGCAGCUGGAGGCGGAGCGGCUGGCGGCGGGGCCGCAGACGCCGGGGGAACUGCUGGUGAUGGCCAGCGUGGUGCACAGAGGCCGCGUGCGCGUGCAGCGCGAGGGGCCGCCGCUGGUGCCGGUGCCCGCCGCCGCCGCCGUGGCAGUGCUGCCUCCCACCGGGCCCGCCUCCACAGACGACCUCACGGCCGCGCUGGGCAUGGUGGUGGUGGCGCCGUCCGCAGCCGCGGAUGGCGGCGGCGCCGCGGCCGCGGGCGGUGCGCAGGAGCCCAUGGCCGUUGACUCUGAGUCCGGCGCCGCAGGCGGAACAGCUGCAGCAGGGUGCGUGGGGGUGCAGUCGGGCCCCCUGGCGGUGCCGCCCAGCGCCAAGGGCACCCACGGCCCCCUGCAGCCCGCCCUCGCGCUGGCGUCGCAGCAGCCGCGGCUGCAGGCGCUGCGACAGCACGCCGAGGCCGCCGCCGCGUCAGCGGCGGCGUCAGCCGCCGUCGCCGCCGCCACCGGCGCCGCAGGCGCCGGCAUCUCCGUCACUGUGGCGGCGGUGCCCGCCGCCGCGGCGACGGCGGCGGCGGCGCGGCCGCCGGCGGCGGGCGUGCUGCCUAGCGGGCCGCUUCGUCAGGCUGCUGCUGCCGAGGAGCUUGAUGACAGCGACAAUGAGGAGGACAAGCUGCGCAACAGCGCGGACCCGCCCGAGGGCGGCCGGCUGGAUGCGGAGCAGUUGCUGCUGAACCUGCGACUGCUCAACAUCGCCAAGGGCGCCUCCCUGUGGCGCACGGCUCGUGAGCGCGCCGCCUGGCUGCGCGAGCUGCGGCGCGCGCAGCUGGUGGCGGCGGAGGCAGCGGCGGGCGCGACGGACCCGCUGGCGGGCGCCGUCGCCGCCACCCCUGCCGUGGAGUUCGCGGCGGCGUUCUUGUCGUGCCUGCUGGCGGACCGCUGCACACCGCUCAUCAAGGCCGCCCGGAGGCGGCGCGAGUUCGAGGCCGCCGGCGGCGCCGCCGCCGCGCAGGCCGCCGCCGCCGCACGCAAGGCCAAGAAGGGCCCGGCCGCGCUCAUCGCGCUGCUCGGACCGGAGGCGGCGGCGGCCGCCGCCGCUGAGGCCGCCGCCGCGGCGCAGGCCGCCGCCGCCGAGUUUGCGGCCCACCUGCCGCACAACCCCACCCACACCUUCCCACCAGGAUACUAUGACCCGUCGCUCAUUGGUGUGGGCACGAGCACCGAGUGGACGGGUCUGUGCCUGCGCUGCGGCAUGGAGGGAGAGCUGCUGUGCUGCGACGGCGCCGGCUGCAACCGCGCCAUGCACUUGCCCUGUGCCGGGCUGCUCGACAUACCGGAGGGAGACUGGCUGUGCCCGGUCUGCGCGCGCGGCGGCGGCGCCGCAGCUGGCGGCGGCGGCGGCGGCGGGGCGGCGAGGAUGGCCGUGGCGGCUGCUGCUGCGGCGGUGACGCCUGCGGCUGGCGGCAGGGCGGGUGCGGUUGCGGAUGAGGACGCGGACGAUGAGGACGCGGAGACGGAGGAUGAGGAGCCGGUGGCGCGGCAGCGCGCGGCGGCGCCGCCGCGGUCGGCGUCUGGCUCGCUUGGCGGCGCCGGCACUGGCGGGCGCCGCGGCUCGGCGGCGGCGGCUGUGGCGGCGACUGGCGCUGCUGCGGCGGCGGUGGGAGGUGGCGGUGCUGGGGGUGGUGGCAGCGGAGGCAAGCGGAGCCGGGAGGCGUCUGUGGACUUGGGCGGGGGUUUGGUGAAGACGACGAGGUCGGGGCGGCGUGUGAAGGCGAAGGAGGUGGCACCGGACAUGGAGUGGGGGGAGGAUGACGACGAGUAGACCGCGGGAGCCUCGCUGCUGGUUUGCUGCAUUGCCAAUGUGCGUUUGUGUUCGAAGGGGAGGUGGGUGUGGGUAUGGUGGGGGAAGAGCGUGCGCGCCCCGGAAGGGCCCAUCUGUGUUUCCCUCAACACAAAAGAGGAUUUCGUGCAACAGGCGCCGGGGGCGCUGGAUUGCUGGUCUGACAGAAUCUACAGGUCAAAUGAAGGGCCGGGCAAGCUGUAAUACUGGUGAUGUACAUGCCUAGCAAGUUUUGGCGUGAGUGCGUUCGGCUGUGCUAGCACAAGCCCGUAGUUUCAGCCUACUCGGUUGCUUUGAAGGUCAGGAUCCCGGGCACUGCGCCAAUACACUGUCGCCUAAGCGCCUCACUCCCGCGCCCCGCAACCGAACCCUCUGCUUG